AAAUGCUAGGUCUGCUAAAUUGGUACAAGGGUUACAUAAAACAUAAAAACGCCAAAGAGUAUAUCUAUGCGGAAGUUAGAUAUGAGCAUCACUUCAAACAUUACUGGGUACAAAUUCCUCUGAGUGAAUUGUUCCAGCUGUUCAAUCUGCGCGACCUCGACAAAUCUAUCAUCAGUUGCUACGUUCUAAUGAAGAAGCGGGAAAUGCGAAUAAGGAACAUCCAUGAUGUUGGGUUCAUUGACCCACACAUCGUUAAUUCACAUGUGUUAGAACACCACCCCGCCGACGUGGAGGAUGACCUGUGGCGGUUUAUUAGAAAACAGCAACAGAAAAGUGAUAUUCUAUUUCCUUACCAUUUUGGGUUCCACUGGAUUCUUAUGGUAAUUAAAGUUCAGACCUCCUCAGUUCUCGUCCACGACUCUCUGAAUAUGGAUCCGGCGCUUUGGGGCGACAUGAGAAAAAUGAUGCAAAAGGUUUGGAGACGGUUCGUAGAUACCAAGGUCGGUGAAUUCAAAAAGGAGCUACAUUUUAAAAUGGUAGUGCCGACGACUGGGGAUAUUCAGCCACCGGGGACCAAUCUAUGUGGAUACUAUGUUUGUGAGAGGAUCCGGAGAUACUGCAAUGAGCGGGACCAGACGUGUGAGAACAACAUCCUGAGGAAUAACCUCCGGAAGACGCUUAGUCCAGAAGCUCGCUUCCGACCACUUCAAGAGGAACUAGCUGGAUGGUUGGCGAGGGAAGUCAUCGAUCCUAGAGGAGAACACUAUUACGAUGACGUAGAACUUUAUAUGCACCAGAAUUUGUAACUAACUUGUUCAAAAUUGUAUAUGGUCAUCCGAUAUUGAAUAUAUAUUGUAUAUGGUCAUCCGAUAUUGAAUAUAUAUUGUAUAUUCCUCUUGAAUUCCUUUUGGUUCUAAUUUCAAAUUUGUUUGAAAUUGUACAUUCAUAUGCAUGUAUGUAUACAGUACCGUAGAAUAUGUGAAACUCCUUCAAAAUUAAAACCCAAAAGAAAUAAAACAAUACAAAUUAAAAAGAAACCAGAUUUAGGGGGAGGGGGGCUAAAACCCUAAACCCUGCGGAGGCCUUUAGUCGCGGUUGGCCAGA